AUGCAAGCCUCUGUGAACCGACCCGCAUUGUUUGAUAUAACAGGUGUGCGCCCCAUCAUGCCAUGAUUGCUCCACCAUGCGAGCUUGGUGGGAAGAAGAUGAGGAGAGAAGGUUUCGCUUUUAUAGGACUGUAGUGGGAUCCAACCAGGCGCCGCCCUCACGGUGUAUCCCUGAACUAGCCCAGUUCAUCCUCCGGCAGCACUUUGAGUCACCCUCAAUGUGGGCUAUCUUCCCCAUUCAGGUACGAAACACAAUUCCCCCAUUCGUAGCAUUCUAAUUCAUAUAAGAUCUUGACCCCUCAUCAUCAUCCUACAUUAUCUCAGACUUUCGUUUCAUUUUUAAGCAUUGAAGGCUGAGCCAUCCUCAUCAUCUAAGAGAAGAAUAAUGUUGUGUAACUGCCCAGGACUUGUUGGCGUUGAAAGAAGAAUAUACUACCCGUCCUGCAACAGAGGAGACGAUAAAUGACCCAACAAACCCAAAGCACUACUGGCGAUUUCGUAAGUAAAUCCUUUUCAAAAUUUCUUGAUCUUGCCCAGUAUAUCAUCAGAUGCUUGUUCAUGGGUUUACUCUGUUCCUCUAUUCUUCUCCCUCCUAUAGUCCAUGA